AGCGCUUAGAAGAGGCCUCCCCGGUGAAGAUAGCAGCCCGGACCACCUCCUCACCGGACCACCUCCUUACCGGACAGCCCUGCAGGACCGGACCAGCGCCGAGCGGAGGAAUUUUUCACCAAGAAAUGAUGCAAGUAUCAAUGAAAUUUUACCACUAUCAUAAAGUAGAAUAUGUCACGAAAAAACAUUCUCGGAAUCAGAAUGAAAGUGUCAGAAGCCCCUUGAUGAAGUGCAAUAGCGUGAAACGUACGUUGGGACAAGAAAAAGCACAAGACAGAGCUUCCAUUGAGCGGUACGUUUGAUCGUAAGGGUGUUCAAGCUAAACCGCAAUUUUAAAGACAAUAAAAUCACAGCCCACAUGACGCCAGGACAGGUUGUUAUGCUGUGUGUUAUUCACACCAAAGAGGAAGUAAGCUUACAUUAUAAGUAUUCUUAUAAGGGUGUGAAGAUGCUGCACGCAACCUCAGAGCUACUCUCUAUGAUGGUGCCUAUCCUUCUCCUGGCUGCAGCCAAACAAGAGCCUGAGCUGGUGAUAGGCCUUGUUAACAGCUCCAUUCAACUGUCCACCCGCCUUAACCUUCUACUUCCUGUACAAGAAACUGUAUGGAAAUUCACAUCUGAUAGCAGGACAGUUAAAGUGGCAGAAGUUGGAAGUGUGUCACUUUUGACAUACAGUGAACAAUUCAAAAACCGUAUAGAAGCUUUUAGAAGUGGAACCAGCAUAGUUAUCCAACAUCUGAGCCUGAGGGAUGCUGGAGAAUACUGUGCUGAGAUCAUACUUGCCAGCAAAGAGAUGCGCAGGUCGUCAUUUAUCCUCACUGUGUAUGAGCCUGUUUCAUCCCCAGCUAUAUGGACUGAACAGAAAGAAAAUACCACAGAUCAAUGUAAUGUCACUCUUCAUUGUUCUGUCCCAUCAAUUACACCAGAUUUCUCAUAUACUUGGAAACGUAGACAUAGGAACUCUGAGCUUUACCUGUAUAGUACUGGAAGCAGCAUCCGGAUAUCACUACCACCAGACCAACUGGACAUGGAAUUCCUAUGUAUAGUCAAGAACCCAGCUGACCUGAAGAAUGUCUCUGUUCACAUAGGACAGUUCUGUGUGGGAACAAAUAUAAUACAAAACAGAGGGGCAGUCAAAAACAACUUCUCUGCAGGAAUACUAGUUGAAGAAUAGGAUAAAUGUAUUGUCUUGGGGAGUAUGAGAGAAAGUGAUAUGUUCAAGCAGGUAUUGAUUUUGCCUUUACUUUUUGAUUCUUAAUUCUCUAUCUAUCUAUCUUUGUUUUGGGGUUCAAACUAUCUGCUCAAAAUGUGCACUAACUGCCUCAGAUUUGCUUGUGCAGCAAGUAUAGUAUGGCAGUUUUCAGGUAUUCUCAGUGUUCAGGCAUGUCUUAUCAUUUGCAUUGUGCAUUUUUGCUAAGGUCAGAAAAAGGACAGGGACUUAAGCCCCCUUUUAUGUAUAUGUGCGCACAUCCCUAUAAACAUGUAUAACGACCACUUCUGUCCAUGACCUGCAUCUGAGGGUACAUCUCAUCUAAAUUCUAGUGAAUGAGGCAGUGCUGCAAUAAUAGACACAGCCCCAGUAGAAAAAGUGAUGAGGUUUAUGGUAAAAAUGUAUCCUUUUUUUAACUCUUUUUUUUAUGUCCUUUGCUCCUAAAUGGAAGUAAGCAGAGCUGUUUUCUUACAUCUGUCCUUAUAUUUAAAGGGGUACUACC